AUGGCAGCCUCCUCCUCCUCCUCCUCGGCCGGGGGAGUCAGCGGCAGCUCCGUGACUGGUUCAGGGUUCAGCGUGUCCGCCCUGCCACCGCCGCGCAAGGCUCUCUUCACCUACCCCAAGGGCGCUGGAGAGAUGCUGGAAGAUGGCUCUGAAAGGUUCCUCUGUGAGUCUGUGUUCAGCUACCAGGUGGCAUCGACGCUGAAGCAGGUGAAACACGAUCAACAAGUGGCGAGGAUGGAAAAACUAGCUGGUCUGGUGGAGGAGCUGGAGGCAGAUGAGUGGAGGGACAAGCCAAUAGAGCAGCUCCUGGGAUUCACUCCCUCCUCGGGCUGA